GUCCCGAGAUGUGUCACGAUAAUAGAACGCUGAAAUUUGUCCUGCAAGCUCAAUUCAUCUUGCAUGUUACCAAACAUGGUUGACGAAGGCUAGCUUGAGGUAAGUAUGUUGUUUGUAGGCUUCUUCCAACACAUUUCAUCCUCUCUUUUCUCUCUUUUUUCAGACCAAUCGGAAUUAGAUAUGUAAUUUUGUCAUUAAAUAUGACGGAUAUUUUAGGGGGAAUCGUGAUAGCAUUUCAUGAAGUCCAUGAAAGAAGGAUUAGGAACUGUUUAUGAAUGUAUACGUUUACACAUCGAUGGAUGUGAGCUUACUUGUUAGCUGAAGCUUAGUAAAAUCUGUUAUUAUUAACCCCAGAACGUACUCUUGGUAGAACCUGGAGAAACUAGGCUUGCUGCUAAUUUCUUGCUAAAAAAAACCUUGAUUUAUAUAGUAUGUUUUUAUAUGAUGUAUGUAUGAAUGGAAUGCAUGUUUCUCUUCGCCUCCUCAUGGUCUGGAUCAUGGGCUUGAUCUGGUCAAUUGGACCAAUAACAAUUGAGCAUGUCUUUUCUAUGAAGAACCUCCAACAUUAGAAUUAAUUUUGUCUUACUAUAGGAAAAGAGAGUGAAAUGUAUAAUGACAACCUUGAAGACAUUGCGACCUAAAUAAUUUCAUUAAUGUUGACCAAAAGUGCAGAGGCAAUUGCUUUGUCAAGCUACCUGGAGGAAAAAGUAAAGUUAUAUUUAUGUGAGUUCUUGUUUCUGUUUUUAAAACAGGAGGUGUGUUCCUUUUGAAGGAGUAGAAAAGGAGAUGAACAGACAAUCACAAAAUUAAAGAGCAAAAGAUGGAUUUUCAGGCAAUAUCAAUGAGCUCAGCUGAGGAACUGCAAGAUUUAGGCUUAGUUAGAGGUGAUGCAAUGAAUUUGAAGCAUUUUGCCCAGACUAGACUACAGGCUCAGAAGCAAGUUUCUGGAAAAAAUGAGAGAAAGCGCCUUCUAGAAGAAGUGUUGAGCCAAGGAGUUAAAGACAGAAAAAAAGCACCUUCCAAGGUGGAUACGUCAAGAAAGAAGGCUGUUCGUAAAGUUAACUUAGGAUGGUUCCAUUUCCAUAAGUCAACAGAAACAUAUGUACUAGUCAAAAGCCAAAAAGGGGGAGGAACCCGAGUUGCAGAUUUGCCAAUGCUCUCCACCAGAGACGUUAUUAUCAGCACAGGGAUAAACUGUUUUUUUCCAAAUGGAUCCAGCACCUUUGGCCCCUCAAAUGAGAUGGAAUUCUCACUUUCUAAUUUUCAGCCGCAAGAAAUCCCUGACUCUGACAAUUUCACAUUGCAACAAUAUGUAGAGGAAUAUAAGUUAAACAGAAUAACACUCUACUUGUUAAGCAGGAGAAAGCAACGUUCUGAUCAUCCAGACAUUGCUGACAGUGAAUUGGAGGAGCCAGUGUUUUCUCCUACAGAAACAGUUCACCAUGCAAGUGAAGCUGAAGUGUUAACACAGAAUUUAGAUGACAGACGACAGCUCAUUUCUGAGCAAAAUGAGGAGUACUGGAAAUCACUGGAAACUGACAGGGAGUUGGAGAAGAGAAAGAGGGCAAAGUUUUCAGAAGAAGCCAGUUUAGUCAAGAGACAAGUUGAAGUCAUGUUGGCUAGGCAAGAGAGAGUUCCCAAAGAACCUUGUCAAGGAGAGGACAGAGUGAUAGUGAGAGUUCGCCAUUUAACAUUUGGUGUUGUCGAAAGAUCCUUCAGGCCAGACACUAUGCUGGCUUCAAUCUACGACUGGGUUGGGUCAUUGGACAGCACACCAGAGCACCUUGUACUGUCUAAUUACAAUCAUGACUUAAUGCCCACUGAAUGCAUUGGAACCAUUGCCAUUCAUAGCUCAAUUGUUUUGAACAUGAGAGAGAGUGACUUUACACCACUCCUUGGUGAUGAUGUCAAUUUCAGAGGCUUUGGGAGCAUCACUGAUGACCUGGACAGUACUGUACCCUUCAGUCCUUUUUCUCCCCAUGAAUAUGUACAUUUACCCAACCAAUUAAUGGAGGAAGAUAGUAGGUAAAUAUUAUGAUUAUUGAUAUUAUUUCCCUGAAAGAGGUUGCUUUUUCUGUAAUGUUAGUCAGUAUCGUGAAAUGUUUGUGGCAUUUAAAAGAAGUUGUCUGUUCAACAGUAUGGUUUUUAACAUGACCAGCCUUGAUAGCAGAACUCCCAUACUCCAGCUAAUAGGUUGACCGAGCCUUGGUUUACAGCGUUCAUCUUUCAUGUUGGACAUCCAUGUUAU